GCUCCCCUCCCGCCUUCUGGACCUUUCUGCCGCGGGCUCCCGGCUGCCGCUUUCUUCUUUUAUUAUGUUUUUAGGGGUCCUGUGAUCUCGACACCCCGAAAGCCACGCGCAGCCCCGGGGAGGGCCAGAGAAAAGCCUAGAAGAAGAGAUGAGUUUCUCCUUCUGCGGCAACAACAUUUCCUCCUACAACAUCUACGAUGGCGUCUUGCAGAACCCUUGCUUCGUGGACGCCCUCAAUCUGGUCCCGCAUGUCUUCCUGCUCUUCAUCACCUUCCCCAUCCUCUUCAUUGGGUGGGGCAGCCAGAGCUCCAAGGUGCAGAUUCAUCACAACACCUGGCUGCACUUUCCCGGCCACAACCUGCGCUGGAUCCUCACCUUCGCGCUGCUCUUCAUGCACGUGUGCGAGAUGGCCGAGGGCGUCGUGUCCGACUCCCGGCGGGACUCUAGACAUCUGCACUUGUUCAUGCCGGCGGUGAUGGGGUUUGUGGCCACAACCACCUCGAUAGUCUAUUACCACAACAUCGAAACAUCCAACUUCCCUAAACUUCUUCUAGCCUUGUUCCUGUAUUGGGUGAUGGCCUUUAUUACCAAAACAAUAAAAUUGGUGAAAUACUGGCAGUCGGGGUGGGGCGUGUCCGAUCUUCGCUUCUGCAUCACGGGCAUCAUGGUGAUCCUGAACGGGCUGCUGAUGGCCGUGGAGAUCAACGUCAUCCGGGUCCGAAAGUACGUCUUCUUUACGAAUCCCCAGAAGGUGAAGCCGCCCGAAGACCUGCAGGACCUGGGCGUGAGAUUCCUGCAGCCCUUCGUGAAUUUGCUCUCCAAAGCCACGUACUGGUGGAUGAACACGCUCAUCAUCUCCGCUCACAAGAAGCCCAUCGAUCUGAAGGCCAUCGGGAAACUGCCCAUAGCCAUGCGGGCGGUCACCAAUUACGUCUGCUUGAAAGAUGCCUAUGAAGAGCAGAAGAAGAAAGUAGCAGAUCAUCCGAAUCGGACCCCGUCUAUCUGGCUGGCGAUGUACAGAGCUUUCGGCCGGCCCAUUCUUCUGAGCAGCACGUUUCGCUACCUGGCCGACCUUCUGGGCUUCGCGGGUCCUCUCUGUAUUUCCGGCAUAGUCCAGCGCGUGAACGACACACAGAACAGGACUGUCAACGCCACCGGCAUUUCAAAAACCCUCUCCUCCAAGGAAUUUCUUGAGAACGCUUAUGUCUUAGCUGUUCUGCUUUUCCUGGCCUUAAUUCUGCAAAGGACAUUUUUGCAAGCAUCUUACUAUGUGACCAUACAAACAGGCAUCAACCUCCGGGGUGCCCUGCUGGCCAUGAUCUAUAAUAAAAUCCUGAGGCUCUCUACUUCGAACUUGUCCAUGGGUGAAAUGACCUUGGGCCAGGUCAACAACCUGGUUGCUAUAGAAACCAACCAACUCAUGUGGUUCCUCUUUCUGUGUCCCAAUUUGUGGGCCAUGCCCGUCCAGAUCAUCAUGGGGGUGAUUUUGCUCUACAACCUGCUUGGAUCCAGCGCCCUGGUUGGAGCGGCUGUAAUUGUCCUUCUUGCUCCCAUUCAGUACUUCAUUGCCACAAAACUGGCAGAGGCUCAGAAAAGCACCCUUGAUUAUUCCACGGAAAGACUGAAGAAGACCAACGAGAUCUUGAAAGGCAUCAAGCUGCUGAAGCUGUAUGCGUGGGAACACAUUUUCUGCAGAAGCGUGGAGGAGACGCGUCUGAAGGAACUGUCCAGCCUGAAAACCUUCGCGCUGUACACGUCUCUGUCCAUCUUCAUGAACGCCGCCAUUCCUAUCGCAGCCGUCCUUGCUACAUUCGUGACGCACGCCUACACCAGCGGCAACAACCUGCAGCCGGCCGAGGCCUUCGCCUCGCUCUGCCUCUUCCACAUCCUGGUGACUCCGCUCUUCCUGCUCUCCACCGUGGUCAGGUUCGCCGUGAAAGCCAUUGUCAGUGUGCAGAAGCUGAGCGAGUUCCUGCUGAGCGACGAGAUCAGCGGCCACAGCUGGAGAGCCGGGGAGGGCGCGCUGCCGUUUGAGUCGUGCAAGAAGCACACGGGCGUGCAACCGAAAACGAUCAACAGGAAGCAGCCGGGAAGGUAUCACCUGGACAGCUGUGAGUCGCGGCGCCUGCGCUCGGUGGAAACCGAAGAUGUUGCCAUAAAGGUCACCAAUGGGUUUUUCUCCUGGGGUAGCAGUAUCCCUACAUUAUCCAACAUAGACAUUCGAAUUCCAACCGGUCAGCUCACGAUGAUCGUAGGCCAGGUCGGGUGUGGGAAGUCCUCUCUGCUUCUAGCCAUUCUCGGGGAGAUGCAGACUUUGGAGGGUAAAGUUCAGUGGAAUAAUGUAAAUGAAUCUGAGUCUUCUCUUGAAGGAAACAGAAGCAGGAGCAGGUAUUCCGUGGCUUACGCUGCUCAAAAGCCUUGGUUAUUAAAUGCCACCGUGGAAGAAAACAUUACCUUUGGGAGCCCUUUCAACAGACAGAGGUACAAAGCGGUCACCGACGCCUGCUCUCUUCAGCCGGAUAUCGAUCUGUUACCGUUUGGUGAUCAGACUGAAAUCGGAGAGAGGGGAAUCAACCUGAGCGGGGGCCAAAGGCAGCGGAUCUGCGUGGCCAGAGCUCUCUAUCAAAACACCAACAUCGUGUUCUUGGAUGACCCGUUCUCGGCCCUGGACAUCCACCUGAGCGACCACCUGAUGCAGGAAGGGAUCCUGAAGUUUCUCCAAGAUGACAAGCGGACUCUGGUGCUGGUGACACACAAGCUGCAGUAUCUGACGCACGCGGACUGGAUCAUCGCCAUGAAGGACGGCAGCGUGCUGCGGGAGGGGACGCUGAAGGACAUCCAGACCAAAGACGUGGAGCUGUACGAGCACUGGAAGACGCUCAUGAACCGCCAGGACCAGGAGCUGGAGAAGGACAUGGAGGCUGACCAGACCACGCUGGAGAGGAAAUCUCUACGCAGGGCCAUGUAUUCAAGAGAGGGCAAGGCUCAGAUGGAGGACGAGGAUGAAGAGGAAGAAGAGGAGGAGGAGGAGGACGACAACAUGUCCACAGUCAUGCGAUGCAGGACCAAGAUGUCCUGGAAGACCUGCUGGCGGUACCUGACUUCCGGGGGCUUCUUUCUCCUCUGCCUCAUGAUCUUCUCGAAGCUGCUGAAGCAUUCUGUGAUCGUGGCCAUCGACUACUGGCUGGCCACCUGGACGUCCAAAUACAGCAUCGCCAACACCGGCAAAGCCGACCAGACCUACUACGUGGCGGGGUUCAGCAUCCUGUGUGCCGCCGGCAUCGUGCUGUGUCUGGUGACCUCGCUCACCGUGGAGUGGAUGGGGCUGACCGCAGCCAAGAACCUGCACCACAAUCUGCUCAACAAGAUCAUCCUCGGGCCCAUCAGGUUUUUUGACACGACCCCCCUGGGCCUCAUUCUCAAUCGAUUUUCAGCCGACACGAAUAUCAUCGAUCAGCACAUUCCGCCCACCCUGGAGUCCCUGACGCGCUCCACGCUGCUCUGCCUGUCGGCCAUCGGGAUGAUCUCCUACGCCACGCCCGUGUUCCUCGUGGCGCUGCUGCCGCUCGGCGUGGCCUUCUAUUUCAUCCAGAAGUACUUCCGCGUGGCCUCCAAGGACCUGCAGGAGCUUGAUGACAGCACGCAGCUGCCCCUGCUCUGCCACUUCUCAGAGACGGCCGAGGGGCUCACCACCAUCCGAGCCUUCCGGCAUGAGCCGAGGUUUAAGCAGCGCAUGUUGGAGCUGACGGACACCAACAACAUCGCCUAUUUGUUCCUCUCGGCCGCCAACAGAUGGCUGGAGGUCAGGACGGAUUACCUGGGCGCCUGCAUUGUCCUCACGGCCUCCCUGGCCUCCAUCAGCCGGCCCUUCAACUCCGGCCUCGUGGGCCUGGGGCUCCUCUAUGCCCUCACGAUCACCAAUUACCUGAACUGGGUGGUGAGGAACUUGGCCGACCUGGAGGUGCAGAUGGGCGCCGUGAAGAAAGUGAACAGCUUCCUGUCCAUGGAGUCAGAGAACUACGAAGGCACCAUGGACAGCAUCCUCAAUCUACACAGCCCGGGACAUCUUCACACUGAGAACCUCUUUCUUCAAGUGCCGGGACUACAGGUGGGCAUCUGCGGCCGCACGGGCAGUGGGAAAUCGUCUUUAUCCCUGGCCUUCUUCAGAAUGGUUGAUAUAUUUGACGGGAAGAUCGUGAUCGACGGCAUCGACAUCUCCAGGCUGCCGCUGCACACGCUGCGCUCGCGCCUCUCCAUCAUCCUCCAGGACCCCAUCCUGUUCAGCGGCUCCAUCCGGUUUAACCUGGACCCCGAGUGCAAAUGUACGGAUGACAGGCUGUGGGAGGCGCUGGAGAUUGCGCAGCUCAAGAACAUGGUCAAGUCUCUGCCCGGAGGCCUGGACGCCAUGGUCACCGAGGGCGGGGAGAACUUCAGCGUGGGGCAGCGGCAGCUGUUCUGCCUGGCCAGGGCCUUCGUCAGGAAGAGCAGCAUCCUCAUCAUGGAUGAAGCCACCGCCUCCAUCGACAUGGCCACGGAAAAUAUUCUGCAGAAAGUGGUGAUGACGGCUUUCUCGGAUCGCACGGUCGUGACCAUUGCGCACCGCGUUCACACCAUUCUCACCGCCGACCUGGUGAUCGUGAUGAAGCGUGGUAAUAUUCUAGAAUAUGACACCCCGGAAAAGCUGUUGGCCAGGGAAGACAGCGUGUUUACGUCCUUCGUGCGUGCAGAUAUGUGA